AUGGCAUCAGAAGCACUCUCGCCUCAUGUCAUGCAAGCUCUGGAGGUGUAUACCAAGGGUACCAAGGCCUGGUUCGAGGAUGACAAGGAAGCUUGGGUGUCAGCAUCUGUCAAGUCAAAAGAAAUGACUGACACGAAUGUUCGCAUUGUAUUCCAAGACGAUGAAGACGAGUCCCGUGAACAUGUCUAUGAAUCAUCCUUGAAGAUGCUGGAGAAAUCACAGGGUGCUGAUCUACCGCCACUCAGGAACCCACCCAAGAUGGAGAAUACGGAUGAUUUGACAAGCUUGAGUUAUCUCAAUGAACCAUCAGUCUUGAAUACUAUACGCACACGAUACAUGCAACACAACAUCUACACGUAUUCCGGCAUCGUGUUGAUCGCAGCCAAUCCAUUUGCCCGUGUUCAACUCUAUGAGCCCGACAUUAUCCAACAAUACUCUGGAAGACGACGUGGCGAACUCGAGCCUCAUUUGUUUGCUAUCGCUGAGGAUGCCUAUCGAUGCAUGAUCCGUGAACAAGCAAAUCAAACGAUUGUGGUAUCAGGAGAAAGUGGUGCAGGAAAGACCGUGAGCGCCAAAUACAUCAUGCGUUAUUUUGCAACAGCCGAUGACAAGGAGACAGUUGGCAAGAUUUCCAAGGAUAGUGGUGCUGGUAUGACAGAGGUGGAAGAACAAAUUCUUGCCACAAAUCCCAUCAUGGAGGCCUUUGGUAAUGCAAAAACGACAAGAAAUGACAAUAGCUCCCGGUUCGGCAAAUAUAUCGAGAUCCAAUUUGACCAAGGUUGCAACAUUGUUGGUGCCAAGAUCAGAACAUACCUUCUCGAACGAUCCCGUUUGAUCUUUCAACCAGAGACUGAACGCAACUAUCACAUCUUUUAUCAGCUUUGUGCUGGUAUUCCGUUAUCAGAGCGCAAGGAAUUCGACCUUAAGGAUUGGACCAAGUUUCAUUAUUUGAAUCAAAGUGGCACUGGCACAGUCCCAGGGGUUAAUGAUGCUGAAGAAUUCGAGCUUACCAAGAACUCCUUGUCGAUGGUUGGAAUUUCGCUACAGACGCAGUGGCAAAUCUUUCGUCUAUUAUCAGCAUUACUUCAUAUCGGCAAUAUCGAGAUUGGUGGACGCAACGAUGCCAUGCUUUCAGAUACAGAGCCUUCAUUAGCUAUGGCCACGAAGUUGUUGGGGAUCAAAACAGCCGAAUUUCGAAAGUGGAUCGUCAAGAAGCAAAUUGUGACGAGAUCAGACAAGAUCAUCAAAAAUCUCAGCCCAGCACAAGCAACGGUGGUACGAGAUUCAGUGGCCAAGUACAUUUAUGCAAACCUAUUCGAAUGGCUUGUCAGCGUCGUCAACGAGAGUCUAUCAUGUCAAGAACCUGGAAGGGCGAGUACUUUCAUCGGUGUCCUCGAUAUUUAUGGCUUUGAGCAUUUCAAGAAGAAUUCAUUUGAGCAAUUUUGUAUCAAUUAUGCCAAUGAGAAGUUACAGCAACAGUUCAAUCAACACGUGUUCAAGCUUGAACAAGAGGAAUACGUGAGAGAAAAAAUCGAUUGGCAGUUCAUCGACUUCAGCGACAACCAAAAGUGUAUUGAGAUGAUUGAAGCAAGAAUGGGUAUCCUUUCUUUGUUGGAUGAGGAAUCUCGUUUACCAUCGGGCACAGAUCAAGGAUUUUGCGACAAGCUCUUUGCCAACUUUGCAACCCCUACCUACAAAGGCUAUUUUAAGAAGCCCCGAUUCAGCAAUUCAGCAUUUACAGUCGUUCAUUAUGCCCAUGAAGUACAAUACGAAGCGGAGGGAUUCAUUGACAAGAACAAAGACACCGUUCCCGACGAGCACCUCAACCUUUUGCAAAAUGCUGAUUCCGAAUUCCUUGUGGAAAUGCUCCAAACAGCUACGGCAGCCGCUGCUGCUGCAAGUGCUGCAGCUCCAACACAAUCAGGUCCCAAGCGGAUGAAUGCUGCCAAGAAACCCACAUUAGGCUCCAUUUUCAAGCUCUCGUUGAUUAGCUUGAUGGAUACUAUUGGCCAAACCAACGUGCAUUAUAUUCGGUGUAUCAAGCCAAACGAGGCUAAGGUGUCUUGGGUGUUUGAACCAAACAUGGUGCUAGCGCAAUUAAGGGCAUGUGGUGUUCUCGAGACGAUUCGAAUCAGCUGUGCAGGAUAUCCUUCUCGAUGGACAUUUGAAGACUUUGCAGAAAGAUACUACGCAUUGGUGAGCUCGAAGCAUUGGGAUCCAAAAUUGCAACCAGAUAUCCGCAACCUUUGUACCGUUAUUCUCGAUGGAUGUAUCAAUGACAAGGACAAGUACCAAAUUGGUUUGACAAAGAUCUUUUUCCGAGCUGGCCAACUUGCAUAUAUGGAAAAACGGCGUGCCGACCGAUUCAAUGAAUGCGCUGUACUCAUCCAAAAGAACAUGCGUCGCUACAUCACAAGGAGGGAUUACCUGCUUAUGAAGGAUAUCACUAUGCGGCUGCAGCGGGUUGCGAGAAAGAGUAUGGGAAUGAGGAAUUUGCUAUUGUUACGCCAAGAGCGGGUUGUGUUACUGAUCCAGACUCAUGCCCGUGGAUAUCUUGCCAAGCGGCGAAUGGAUGAACAACGCAAUUUCCUUUCACGUGUGCAAGCUGCAUGCCGUGGUCAUUUGGCUCGCAAAGCAUUUGGCAACUUUAGAGAAACGAACGCUGCCACCAAGAUCCAACGUGUUUUCCGUGGAUGGUCUGCAAGAAAGCGAUAUCAAUCGCAACGAGAUCACAUUGUUGCUGUACAAGCACGUAUUCGACGACGACAAGCUCGCAAGGCUCUUGGUGUUCUUCGCAGUGAGGCACGAUCAGCUACGCAUCUGAAGGAGGUCUCUUACAAGUUGGAGAACAAGGUGGUGGAGCUUACACAAAGCGUGACACAGCAAAAAGAAGAGAAGAAGGCGAUGCAAGCUCAACUUGAGUCUCAACUACAAUCAUGGAUCGACAAGUAUGAGAAGAUGGAAAAGAGAGUGCGUCAGCUUGAGCAAGACCUCCAAAACUCCAAAGCUGCUGAGGAAGCGUUACAACAUAGCCAUGAAUCGUUACAACAAGAUUACAACACUCUUCUUGCCAAAAGUGGAGAACAUGAAAAGGAGAACAGCCGUCUCAAUGCAGAAAUCACCAAGCUACGAGAGCAAUCUCAACAGCAACAACAGCAGCAACCACCACUUCGAGUAUCUACAACACCAACAAAUGGUCGAACAACAUCAUCAUCUGCUUCAACUCAACGCGUCGAAGAGGAUGCCAACAUCAAUGAACUUAAGAGCCAAAUUGCAGCCCUCAAAGCACAACUCAAAAACAACAUCAAUGGGCCACGACGACAACCAUCCGUCAAUAACCUUAGCAACCGCAAUCUAUCACCUGCUGCACAACAAAUGUCACCUACUGCCAAUGGUCGAAGAGCCGUAUCACCUGAUCGCAUGAAUAACAAUGGCCGUGUAAGAUCAUCUUCCCGCCGUAGCAGCCGUGCUGAGCAACAAGGCACAGUGACUUAUGCCAAUCGUGAGCAAAUGCGACCCAUGUCAAUCGAUCAGUCGGAUACGCUACGUGAAUUGGAUGUUGGCAAUAACCCUGAGGAAGCGAUGCGUGCUAUCCUUUUGAAUGAGGAAGCUUUGGAAGAGGAGAUCCUUGAAGGUUUAAUCAGGUCACUCAAGAUCGUUCCCCCCAAUGCACACGAACCCCCGUCGUACAAGGAGGUUGUUUUUCCUGCACAUAUCAUUGGACUAAGCUUGACACAAAUGUGGCGCUAUGGUUACCUCCCUGAAUCAGAACACUUGAUUUUUACGGCUAUGGAUACGAUUCAAAAAUAUUGCUUGAGUUUCUCGAAUGAAGAGAGCAUUGUGCCAUGCGCAUUUUGGUUGACCAAUACACACGAGUUGCUAUCAUUGGUGUGUUCUACAGAGCAAGAUUUGGAGCGUGAGAUGCAAUACAAUUCGGUUCACGGGCGACGCACGGUUGGGUGGCACGAAUUUGAGAAGCUUGUCUCCACACUCAAAUUUGAGUUACAGUGCCUAGAGGACAACAUUUAUCAUCAUUGGUUGACUGAAUUGAAGCAAAGGCUAAGCAAAAUGGUCGUCCCUGCCAUCAUUGAGAAUCAAUUGCUACCAGGCUUUGUGGCAAACGAGUCGAAUCGCUUCUUCAACAAGAUGUUGGGCAACUCGCAACCUACAUUUUCCAUGGAUGAUCUCCUCAACUUUUUGAAUCGGGUCCAUUUGGCUAUGAAGUGUUAUGCUGUUGAACCUACAGUGGUGGAACAAGGUCUUUCUGAGUUGCUCAAGUUAAUCGGCAUUACCACAUUCAAUGAUCUUAUUAUGCGACGCAAUUUCAACUCUUGGAAACGAGCCAUGCAAAUCCAGUACAACAUUACACGACUAGAAGAGUGGUGCAAAGGACUUGAUAUGGCCCAUACUAUCAGCCAUUUGGAGCAUCUCAAACAAGCCGUCAAGUUAUUACAGCUGAAGAAGGCAACAGCGGAAGAUGUGGAUAUCAUUUACGAUGCAUGUUGGCUGUUGACCCCGACUCAGGUGCAGAAGCUGAUACAAAACUACACUGUGGCUGACUAUGAAGAUCCCAUCAGCAAUGAUAUUUUGAAAUCGGUAGCAUCAAGAGCCAACGGCAGCGACCACACCGAUAUUUUAUUACUGGAUAACGUUUCCUUGGAUGAUAGUCCUUAUGAAGUGCCUGAACCGCAUCCUGAAAUUAUUGCAAGCACCUAUAUCCCCACCUAUCUCGAUCUGAAACAAGUCAAACGUUUAAUGGCACUUGCUGCACACAUGAACUGA